GCUUACCUAAACCAAAACCAAAACCACCCUUCGGAUUCCCAUUACCAGCAGCGAAGUGAGUGAGUCAGUCCAACUAUAACCGAAAACCCGUGACUCAGCCCCACUUUUGCUUUGCUUGGCCUAACCACUAACCAAACCAAACCUCUCAAGUCUCAAUGGCUUCUCAGCAACACGACGCCGUUUUCCGCGAAGAAGACAUGGACGACGACGACGACGAGUCUCAGGAGGACGGAGACUACGAAGAAGAAGACGACGACGUUUUGGCCGACGACGAAGAAAACGAGCCCUCUCCCUCCACGGCUCUUGCCGUCACCGUCGCCGUCCCCGGUUCCUCCGUCUCCAACGGCGGUGCCGCUCCAAUUUCGACGCCCACCGCCACCACCAUCGUCGUCGCAGACUCCUCCGAUCCGAAGCGGCGGCGCCUCGAGCCAGUCGAGGAGAAAAAGCCGCCGCCGACGCCGGACGACUCGCGGCGGCUGUUUCAGCGGCUGUGGACCGACGAGGACGAGAUCGAGCUCUUGCAAGGCUUCCUAGACUACACCUCGCAGCGAGGAUCCUCGCACCACAACGACACGGCUUUGUUCUACGACCAAAUCAAGUCGAAGCUCCAACUCGAUUUCAACAAGAACCAGCUCGUCGAGAAGAUCCGAAGGCUGAAGAAGAAGUACCGAAACGUCCUCAACAAGAUUGGCUCCGGCAAGGAAUUCUCCUUCAAGAGCGCUCACGAUCAAGCCACCUUCGAAAUCUCGCGCAAGAUCUGGAGCAACGUGACUCCAAUCGGCGACAAUUCCUUGGACGACGACGAAAUCAACCCUAACCGUAGCCCCAACCCUAACCUUAAUUUUAGCCCUAUAAUUCUUAAGAAUGAAAUGAUUUUCAGGAACCCCGCGGAGAAGAAAACACCGAAACGCUCUCGGCCACGAUCGGCGGUGAAAAUCGAGCCAAAUGACGGAUCCGCGUCGAACAGAGAUCAUGAUUGUAUUAGCAAUGCUACGCCUACUGCUACUGCUACUGCUGCUGCUACUAACACUACUCCUACUGCAGCUACUACUAAUGAUAACUGUAACAGUGGUUAUGGAAAUAACAUACCGAGUAUGAUCGAGGAGACGGUGAGGAGUUGUUUGUCGCCGGUGUUGAAGGAGUUGAUGGCAGGGGCCAUGGGAGGAGGAGCGUUUGGAGCGAGAGGGUUUUCGUUGAACUUGAACCCUAUGCCUUUGAUGAAUUGGAGUUUUGGCGGUGGGGAAAUGGUGGAUGAGAAAUGGAGGAAACAACAGAUAUUGGAGUUGGAAGUGUACUCAAAGCGGUUGGAGCUGGUUCAGGAUCAGAUCAAGGCUGCUAUGGAGGAGUUGCGGUCACACGGAGGAGGUUGAUCAAAUCUUUUAGUUUGUUUUUGGUUUUGUAGUGAGUGAUUGGAGUUCUUCUUCCUCUUCAUCAUCAAUGGUUGGUUCAUUCUCAUAGCUUAGUGGUUAGCUAGUAGUAACUAGUAAGUGGUAACUAGUGUUUUUCUUUUCGAUUUUAGCUUUCGCUGAUUCGGUGGAGCACUUGUCCUUUAAAAUAAAAAUGUUUUUAGUACAUUUUAGCCGUUUUUAUGUUCCUCUAAAUUUCAAUGGUCUCAUACAUGUACAGAACAGAUUGAAGUAACUGGUGCGGAGUGAUGGCUUUGUACCAUUAUAUAUGUUGUAAAAGAUGCGAAAGUAGUGAGUUCUUAAUUGUGCAACAUUCUUCCCGAGUA